AUGAAGGUCAAUUACGGCAUCGGUCUAUCCUUGGCCUUUGGCGCAUUGACAAACGCUGCGACUGAUAAGCCCAUAAUUGCGAGCUCGUCGCCACCACUAUUAGUAGUCACCAUUCCGUGCAAUACUACCACGUCGCCGGAAACGACGACUGUCUGCCAUGAGUGCCAUCAAUCAACUGCGCCGCCAUUCGGCAAUUCUUCUGCACCAGCGACUCCGACAGUAGCGCCACCAGGCACCGCGCCAGGAACAACAACGGCACUCUGUAUCGAAUGCCCUCAGUCUACUGCAUCCUCAAUAGUUCCUCCAUUCACCAUCACUACGACAACGUUUGUAACAGUGCCUUGCGUUACUGCUGUAAGUGUGCUAUCUCAGCCUGUCGCUCCAUUAAACACUUCGCCUACAAGUGUCGUUCCUCUGCAGAGCACGGGACCUCCAGCUCCUGCAAUUCCGUCCGGGCCUCUUGUUCCGUCUAAGGCUGUGCCAAUGCCGGGGGGCGGAGCGUCUGGUGCUUCAAGUUCUACAGUCGCAUCUCCGCCAUCGCCUUCUGCUCCAGCACCGCCUGUCGCAUCGUCACGGCCUGCGGUACCUGCCAGUCCCCCUUCUCCAGCACCAGCACCGAGUCCGAGUGGUCCACCUCGACCUCCGGCUUUCACUGGUGCUGGACCCGCUCUUUCCGCGAACCCUGGCGGUACCAUGAUGGCUAUCAUUGUCGCAGCUCUUGCUAUUUUCUAG